AGUCGCCCACACAAGGCAAGCAUGGCCACCACCACCCCGCUGCUCCCCUCCCACUCCCAGCUCCUCGGCGGCGGCGUGCCGCAGCAGUGGCAGAUGGGACUCCUGGUCCUCCUCCCUGUCCUGCUAGUGUCUUCCUACAUCCUCCUCACCAGCAGGAGCAGGAGCAGGAGCAGGAGCGCCAAGGACGGCGCGGCGCCGCAGCUGCCGCCGGGCCCCGCGCAGGUGCCGGUCCUGGGCAACCUGCACCUGCUGGGCCCGCUGCCGCACCAGAACCUCCGCGAGCUGGCGCGACGGCACGGCCCCGUGAUGCUGCUGCGCCUGGGCACGGUGCCGGCGGUGGUGGUUUCCAGCGCGGAGGCGGCGCGGGAGAUGCUGAAGGCGCACGACGUCGACUGCUGCAGCCGGCCCGUCUCGCCAGGAUCGAAGCGCCUCUCCUACGACCUCAAGGACGUCGCCUUCGCGCCCUACGGCGAGUACUGGCGCGAGAUGCGCAGUCUCCUCAUCGUCGAGCUCCUGAGCAUGCGCCGCGUCAAGGCCGCGCAGCGCGCGCGCGAGCAGCAGGUGGACAAUCUCGUCGCCAACCUCACCCGCGCGGCCGAGGCCUCGGCGCCGGUGGCGCUGAACGAGCACAUCUUCGGCCUCGCCGACGGCAUCAUCGGCACCGUGGCGUUCGGGAACAUCAAUGGCGCGGAGUGGUUCGCGCACAAGGAGCGGUUCCAGCUCGUGGUGGAAGAGGGCAUGGACUUGCUGGCCAGCUUCUCCGCCGAGGACUUCUUCCCCAACGCCGCCGGCCGCCUCGUGGACCGCCUCACGGGCCUCGCUGCGCGCCGUGAGCGCGUCUUCAGGGACCUCGACGCCUUUUGUGAGAUGGUCAUCGACCAGCACACGGACCCGGCGCGCCGGCCGGAGCCGUCCGACAACGGUGGCGACCUCGUCGACGCCCUCAUCAGCCUGUGCAAGGAGCACCGCGGCACGUUCCGCUUCACCAGGGAGCACGUCAAGGCCGUCAUCCUCGACACCUUCCUCGCCGGCAUCGACACAGUGGCGGUGACAUUGCUGUGGGCGAUGUCGGAGAUGAUGCGCAAUCCGCAGGUGCUGAGGAAGGCGCAGGACGAGGUGAGGGCCGCGGCGGCGGGCGUGGGCGGCAACGGCAACAAGCCGCGCGUGGAGCACGACGACGUGGCCAGGCUCACGUACCUGAAGAUGGUGGUGAAGGAGACGCUGCGGCUGCACCCGCCGUCGACGCUGAUGCCUCGGGAGACGAUACGGGAGGUGAGGGUGUGCGGGUACGACGUGCCGGCCAAGACGCGGGUGUUCGUCAACCUGUGGGCCAUCGGUAGGGACCCGGCGAGCUGGGCGGCCGCCGAGGAGUUCGACCCGGAGCGGUUCGAGGGCAGCGACAUCGACUACACCGGCGCGCACUUCGAGCUGCUGCCGUUCGGUGCCGGCCGACGGAUCUGCCCGGGGCUCGCCAUGGGAGAGGCCAACAUGAUCUUCGCCCUGGCCAACCUGCUCUACUGCUUCGACUGGGCGCUGCCGGAGGGGAUGGCGUCGGAGGACGUGAGCAUGGAGGAGGCCGGCGUGCUCACGUUCAAACCAAAGACGCCGCUGCUGGUGGUGCCUACCAGACGACACUAGCACCGCGCGGCGUACCUAGUGUAGCACUCGCCGCCGUUGCUGCCGCCGCCGACUGAAUAAGCGUGCCAGGAGCUCACGUUUUCCGAGGCAGUAGAAGUCGAGGUCAUAUUGUGGCCUUGUGGGUGGGCGUCAAGGAGAAGAGUAUUGGACAAAAUCUUCUUUUUUUUUUUGAUCGGGCAUUGAACAAAAUCUUGGAUGUCAUAGACAUGCUGGUUUGUCCCUACAAAAAGAGAACCAUGUUAAAGCAGACAGCAUCAUCUUGCUGGAGAAAUGG